GCAGGCUCCUUGCUUGCCGCCACCAACGCCGGCUCCUGCCGGAGUGCAAAACGCCCUCCCGACUCAACGGGACCAAGGAUAUCCACCUCGAGACGUCGAUAGAAGCCACAAGAUGGCUCAGUUUCGAGUCAACGGUCUGGAGUUCGCAUGCCUGUUUCACAACGAGUCGUCGUCGGGCGAGCUCGACACCGUCUCUAGCUCGGACGACUCGUUGCCACACACCUUCUGGGCCGGCGUGAUACUCUCCGUCAUCGCUGAUGUCAUCAUCGCAAUCUCUCUCAACACGCAAAAGAUCGCGCACAAUCGAAACGCGGACCGCCAGACCGGGAGGCCAUCGAAAGCGUUCAUUCGUCUGCCUCUCUGGUGGGUGGGUAUCACGCUCAACGCUCUGGGGGAGGUCGGCAACAUGUUGGCCUACGGGCUGGCGCCCGCGGCUGUUGUGGCGUCUGUCGGCUCCGUUGGGGUCGUCGUCAAUCAGAUUAUUGCAGUCUGCUGCCUCAAGGAGCAAGGCCGCAAGCGCGACCUCGGAGGCAUCUGCGGCGUCGUCGCUGGAGUCGUGCUCAUCAUCUUCGGCGUUCCGGAAACAGAAAAGGAACUGACGGUGCAGGUCAUGCUCUCCGCAGAGGUGUUCCUCGCGCCACGCGCGUACGUCUACCUCAGCGCGCUCGUGGUUGUCAUCGCCGUCCUCGUCAUCUUUGUCGAGCCGAGGUAUGCAGAGCGGCACAUCCUCGUCUGGCUGACGCUGUGCUCUGUCAUCUCCUCGAUGACGGUGGUCGCAUGCCGUGGCUUCUCCUCCCUUGUCACCCAGGCGGCGAGUGACUGCGCCGCCGAGCAUUGCGUCGACGACGUGCUGCGGCCGCCAUGCUCUCAGACCCUCGCGCACUGGUUCUUCUGGCUGCUGCUCGUCGUGAUCAUCGUCACCGCAGUCUGGUCCGCCUACUACCUCAACAAGGCGAUGCAGUUCUUUGGCAACUCGGAGACGGUGCCCGUCUAUUACUGCACUUUCAUGCUCAUGUCCAUCGUCGGCGGCGCACUCGUCUUCAACGAGUUUGAAACCGUCCGAGGCGCGCAGCUGGCCAUGUUUCUGAGCGGUGUGGUGCUCGCUAUUCUCGGCGUCUGGCUCAUCACAUCUGGCCGCCACUCGUCGCCCGCGGCGGCGCUCAGCCAGAGCCCGUCGCGCCGUGUCAGCUCGUUCGCACGUGAGGCGAGUGGCGAUUCGGUGACCAAGCCGCCGCCGGCCGCGCCCGCCUCGGGCGACUCGGAUGGCACGAUAGCCGUGGCGGGCGAGGAGAAGGGCUCGGGCUCGCGUCCGCACUCGAGUGCCGACCCCUCGCCUCCCUGGACGGUGCGGGUCGAUGCGGCGGCGCCGCCGCCGCUGACAGUGCCGAGCUCGCAAUCGGAGGAUGUGCUGGUCGCCAACCCAAUCGCUUCGCUCAUGGGUGCUCUGUCGCCGGGUCGAAAGGAGCCAUCCAGCGCGGGGAGCAGCGCGCUGAGCAGAGCGCGGCAGCAACGUCUUUUUUCUUCCUCCACCCAGCGAGCAUUGGCAGAGGCGUGCGACGAAGGCGACGAGGCCACUGUCAGUGUCUAGAAACGCUCUCGCACACAUCUGUGUAUCUCGAACACUGCUACGCCCGAGUUGUUGCUGAUAUAUAAUGAUUCUGUUUGAGCAGUGGAA